GGGGAGAGGAAGAGUGGUAGGGGGAGGAAGAGAGAGAGGAAGAGUUUCCAAACUUGUCUCCAGUGACAGGAGACAUUUACGCCCCACAAGAUAAAACUGCCACUUAGAGCCCAGGAGAGCUAAACCUUCCUGGCUUGGCCUAGGGGCUUGAGCGGAGUCAUGGGCUCUCCGGUCCUGACACUGUGCGCUCUUCUCUGCCUGAUGGCUCACUUGGUUUCUGGUAGCCCCAUCAUGAGCCUAGACCAGUCUCCUCUAGAAGAAGAUAUGCCCGUCUUUGACGAUGUUUUCUCAGAGCAAGAUGGUGUUGACUUUAGCACAUUGCUCCAGAGCAUGAAGAAUGAGUUUCUCAAGACACUGAACCUGUCUGACAUCCCCACGGAGGAUUCAGCCAAGGUAGACCCACCAGAGUACAUGCUGGAACUCUAUAACAAAUUUGCAACAGAUCGAACCUCCAUGCCCUCUGCCAACAUCAUUAGGAGUUUCAAGAAUGAAGAUCUGUUUUCCCAACCAGCCAGUUUUAAUGGGCUCCGAAAAUAUCCUCUCCUCUUCAAUGUGUCCAUUCCUCAUCAUGAAGAGGUCAUCAUGGCUGAACUUAGGCUGUUCACACUGGUGCAAAGGGACCGUAUGAUAUACAAUGUUGUAGACCAAAGAAUUACCAUCUUUGAAGUGCUGGAGAGCAAAGGGAAUAAUGAGGGAGAUAGAAACAUGCUGGUCUUGGUGUCAGAGGAGAUCUAUGGAACCAACAGUGAGUGGGAGACUUUUGAUGUCACAGAUGCUAUCAGAGGUUGGCAAAAGUCAGGCUCAUCCACCCACCAGCUGGAGGUCCGCAUUGAGAGCAAACACGGUGAAGCUGAGGACUCCAGCAAUGGACGGCUGGAAAUAGACACCAGUGCCCAGAAUAAGCAUAACCCUUUGCUCAUCGUGUUUUCUGAUGACCAAAGCAGUGACAAGGAGAGGAAAGAGGAACUGAAUGAAAUGAUUUCCCAUGAGCAACUUCAAGAGCUGGACAACUUGGGCCUGGAUGACUAUUCCAGUGAACCUGGGGAAGAGGCUUUGUUGCAGAUGAGAUCCAACAUCAUCUACGACUCCACUGCCCGAAUCAGAAGGAACGCCAAAGGAAACUAUUGCAAGAGAACCCCGCUCUACAUCGACUUCAAGGAGAUUGGGUGGGACUCCUGGAUCAUCGCUCCGCCCGGAUACGAAGCCUAUGAAUGUCGUGGUGUUUGUAACUAUCCCCUGGCAGAGCAUCUCACACCUACAAAGCAUGCAAUUAUCCAGGCCUUGGUCCAUCUCAAGAAUUCCCAGAAAGCUUCCAAAGUCUGCUGUGUGCCCACAAAGCUAGAGCCCAUCUCCAUCCUCUAUUUAGACAAAGGCGUCGUCACCUACAAGUUUAAAUACGAAGGCAUGGCCGUCUCCGAAUGUGGCUGUAGAUAGAAGAGGAAUCUUGUGGCUUAUUUAAUAACUGUAAAUGUGUAUAUUUGGUGUUCCUAUUUAAUAAGAUUAUUUAAUAAGGGUGUACAGUACUACAGGCUUGCUGUCUUCCAGAAAUGGACAGGUCAGUUUGUUGUAGGAAAUGCAUGUUUUGCUUUAGAGUUAAGUCCCUUUCAAUCUGUUUUCUCUUUGGACUUGCCAUUUCCUGGCAAUGCCACCUCCAUGUUGAUUUGAAAACAACCCCAAGGCAAAAUACAGUAUCAAAAGAUACAUACUUGUGUAUGUAUAUGUGUACAUACAUGAAAUUAUGAAAAUCUUUUGGUUCUGUGCAGGCAGAUUAUACUCACCUACAUGCAUGAUCCGCUCAAAUGUGUGUAUAUUAAAGGCCAAUGGCAUGUUCUCUGUUGCCUCUUCUCUGAGUAGGAUUUAUGUUAAGAUAAUUUGCAUCAGGGAUUUAAUCAUCCUUGGAAGUAUUAUACUUCCUAAAUACUCUAGAAAUGUAAGUGUAGCUUUUGUCACUUGAGUUUCUGUAGUUUCUCAGAGACGCAGGGCCUGGCAAGGGAUGCUUGAAGGGAAGGGUUAAUUGAUGUAGAAACCAAAUGGACUCAAGAGGUCUUAGAGGUACAACAGGAAAAAUGAGCCCGUUCGGUACCAAUGUGCUCCAGAGGGCAGCUCCUGGCCGAGGAAGGAAAACAGAAGAAAUCGCAUGAAAUCUCUUCCUGAGUCAAUAGGAAAGCAAGGUCAUGUGUACUGGCCAUUGCUGCUGCAGAGGGUAGAGGGGUCCGGAGGGCACUUGAGGGGAAGAAAGGAAGAAAGGGAAGAGGAUAUUGAUGCUAUCUUCGGAGGCUAUCCCUAGAUGUGUCUGUAACAUCAUAAACGGUUUUAUUUAAAGAAUUAAAUAUUUUGGACAAAAUAAAACUAUCAAAGACUAAGAGGAGAAAAAUUAGAAGGGACCUGUCUGUUGGAAGAAAGGAUGUUAAUAUCUUUCUUCACCUGUUAACGGUGUUCCCUUGUCUCCACACCCCUGCUUUUCACUCUGCUCCAUCCUCUUCCUUCCCUCUUUCUUCUUUGCCCUAGUGCCUCAUGUCUUCCUCCCAUGCCUGUGUCUCACUCUUCCCUGGCCCUCAUUACACAUCUGUGAGCUGCAAAGGGGCACCUAAAUGCCUUUGCUGUCAGAGUGAAAGGAGUUCAUGUUUUAAUUUCUAAAUCUUCCUCUGAUAUUUAAUUUGAUUUUAUUUUAAUAAUAUCCUUUAUCAAAUGUUUUUGUUCAUU